UUCUGGUUGCUAUGAGUCUGUCUCUCAAUCCAAAGCCCUUCCUAAACGGGCUGACUGGGAAGCCAGUGAUGGUGAAGCUGAAGUGGGGGACGGAAUACAAAGGCUACCUCGUCUCCGUCGAUGGCUACAUGAACAUGCUAUCAUAUAUUGAUGGUGCAUUAUCUGGACACCUUGGUGAAGUUCUGAUAAGGUGCAAUAAUGUCCUUUAUAUAAGGGGUGUGGAAGAAGAAGAAGAAGAACAAGAAGAA